AUGGAGCUUAGUCCACCUCAAGAGCUCCGUCUAGUGAAUGGCUCCAGUCGCUGUGCUGGCCAGAUCGAGGUGUUGCAUGACCACCAGUGGGGGACCAUUUGCGACUCUGGCUGGGACUUGCACGAUGCCCAUGUCGUGUGCAGGGAACUAAACUGUGGAAAUGCAUUACAAGCGUUUGGUGCAGCCUGGUUUGGCCAAGGAUCGGGUCUCUGGUUGGACGGAGUUAACUGCACGGGGAGUGAAGCAACCCUAAGUGAAUGUCCAAAGACGUCCUGGGGAGAGCACAGGUGUGACCACCGCCAGGAUGCGGGUGUGGAGUGCUCAGGCAUUACAGACCCAACAGAGAUUAGACUGGUGAAUGGAUCCAGUCCCUGCUCUGGAAGAAUUGAAGUGUUCCAUGAUGGGCAGUGGGGGACUGUGUGUGAUGAUUCCUGGGAUCGAAAGGAAGCCCAAGUCUUGUGCAGACAACUUGGCUGUGGAGAGGUCCUGUCAGCCCCAAAAGACUCAUACUUUGGAAGAGGACUUGGUCCCAUCUGGCUGGAUGAUCUCAAUUGUACAUGGUUGGAAGAUUCCAUCAGUAAGUGUCCUAGAAAACCUUGGGGACAGCAUGACUGCAGCCACUAUCAAGAUGCUGGCAUUGUGUGCUCAGGGGACAUCGCUGUGGAAGUCAACAUCCGCCUGGGAGUGGCUGGCUUCAUCCUGCUCAUCUUGGCCGAGGCUCUGUGCAGGAGGAGGAGGGGGCAGCUCUGA